AUGCCUUUUCGACCCUCGAGCCCUUUCUCCAGCAACUCGUCCCCUUCUAACAUCUCGUCAUCCGCGGAGAAGGGUGGCAUUCCGAUCAAAAACUCGACAUCCAAGUCCAGUCGUAUAACUCAAUUCUUCUCGACGUCUCCCAAGUCCAAGGCUGAGUCGUCGGCUGCGCACUCCGCCCUUGUCGUGGCCAGCCGAUCGACCCCUCCUCCAAACCCGGCAGUCCCGAUCAGUUCGGCCUCGUUAUCACUGCCGACAAUAUCGCUCUCGACGGCGACUGCCGAUAGCCCCAAUAUGGACGAGCCACCGACCACCCUUUUCAAGCCUCCGUCGGCCGAGGAGACGAGGCGACUAGCCAGGCAACAUGCUCAGUUUGCUCCCCUCGCUCAUCCGAGCCACAGACACACGAGCCGGCACCCAGGAGGGCACUUCCCCGAACCUAUAAUGGACGAACCCCCGUAUUAUUACCUCUUGACAACCUAUGUUAGUUAUUUAAUAUUGAUUGCUUUCGGUCACGUCCGAGACUUUUUCGGGAAGCGCUUCAAGGAGGCGGAUUAUCGGCACUUGAAACCACGCAAUGGAUACGGGGCGUUGAAUAGCGACUUUGACAAUUUCUAUGUCCGUCGACUCAAGCUGCGCAUCAAUGACUGCUUUGAGCGUCCAGUAACUGGUGUUCCGGGCCGUUAUAUUACUCUCAUUGACCGCUCCACGGAUGACUAUAACCGGCACUUUUAUUUCACGGGCACCACCACAGAUACGCUCAACAUGAGUUCGUACAACUACCUCGGGUUCGCGCAGUCAGAAGGUCCCUGCGCCGAUGCCGUGGAAGAGAACCUACGCAAAUACAGUAUCAGCACUACCAGCACCCGCGUCGAAUCAGGCACAACUGAUCUCCAUGUCGAAGCCGAAGACCUAGUGGCCAAGUUUGUGGGCAAGGAGGCAUCCAUGAUCUUUUCCAUGGGAUUCGGCACAAAUGCAACUAUAUUCCCGGCUUUGGUCGGCAAAGGGUCUCUGAUCAUUUCAGACGAGCUGAACCACGCAUCAAUUCGCUUCGGCGCACGACUCUCAGGGGCAUCAAUUGGUAUGUUCAGACACAACGAUAUGAAGUCGCUGGAGCGCAAACUCCGCGAAGCGAUUUCACAAGGCCAACCACGCACACACCGUCCCUGGAAGAAGAUCUUGAUCGUCGUGGAGGGACUCUACUCUAUGGAAGGGUCAAUGUGCAAUUUACCAGGCUUGAUUGCGCUCAAGCGAAAGUACAAAUUCAACCUGUUUAUCGACGAAGCCCACUCCAUCGGUGCAGUUGGACCUAGCGGACGAGGCGUGUGUGAUUAUUUCGGCGUGGACACGUCCGAGGUGGACAUUUUGAUGGGCACGAUGACCAAGUCAUUUGGCGCCAAUGGAGGAUAUGUUGCAGCUGACAAGGUAAUGAUUGACGCUCUCCGAGCAUCAAAUGCUGGAGUAGUAUUUGGAGAGGCGCCAGCUCCCCCGAUUCUCACGCAAAUCAUCACUUCUCUCCGUCUCAUCAACGGCGACAUCCUGCCAGGCCAGGGCGAGGAGCGGCUACAGCGCCUAGCCUUCAACUCUCGAUAUCUCCGUCUUGGUCUGAAACGCCUCGGCUUUAUCGUGUACGGACAUGACGACUCGCCCAUCGUCCCCGUCCUCCUGUUCAGCCCAGCCAAAAUGCCUGCCUUUUCGCACGAGAUGCUCAAACGCAAAAUCUCCGUCGUCAUCGUCGGCUACCCAGCCACACCACUCGUCUCAUCGCGCGCCCGCUUCUGCGUCUCGGCAGCGCACAACAAGGAAGAUCUGGACCGGUUACUGACCGCCUGCGACGAAAUCGGCAACGUGCUUCAGCUCAAGUUCUCGACGGGCAUCGCUGGUGGCGCCCUACCACCUCCAGAGGGCAUGACCCCCGACAUGGAACAGGAAUGGCAUCGUCAGCAACAGCGCGCUGGCAACGGCAAACUCAUCCCGCCGCGCUGGCGCAUUGGAGAUGUCAUUCGCCGGGGCGCCCAAGACACAAAGCGGCCGCUGAUAUAA